UCCUAAUCCUCUGGUCUGUCCCAUCACUUUCUGCUAAACCGACAGGGUUUGCAUUUGAAAAUUUUCGAUCCUGGAAUUAUUCUUCCAUUUAUUUUUAAGAAAACCUCUUAGUAGCAAAACGAAAUGGACAUGCUGCUUUCAAAGAGAAGUACUUAACAUCCAUAAUUGACUCUGAGGCCUAUGGUGCAACUGCAGAUUCUAGCAGGAAACCCAUAAAUAGGAUAUUGUGAUCACUACUAACAUCUGGAAAAGUGAAUCGGAGAUCCAGACAAAGUGCCUUCUGAGGAUUAUGCUAAUACAGCCAGCUGGGAUUUGAAGGAUACAAAGGCAGUUCAAAACUGUGGUGAAAAUGGAUGGCCAUUACCCAAACAACAUGCAAGGCAAUGAAGGAGAAAGCCAGCAAACCUACAGAGAGGAAGGUGAGGACAGCUACCCCUACCAAUCUGACUAUCCUGGCCAGGAGGAGGAUGCAGCCAGUGAUGUCACUGAAGGGCAGGAUGAGGAUGAUCAGAUGUAUGAUGGGGAAUAUCAGGGCAUUCCUCACCCAGAUGAAAUCAAGCAGGCACGCCGAGCAGCUCGUCGGGAGGCCAGGUUGAAGGCCAAGUUGGCCUCCUUAGAAUCUGAGGAGACACUGGCUGAGCAGUAUGAAAGCAUCAUGGAGGACUGUGGCCAUGGACGCUUCCAGUGGACCCUCUUCACAGUGCUGGGCCUGGCACUCAUGGCUGAUGGUGUGGAGUGCUUUGUAGUGGCCUUUGCUUUGCCUAGUGCAGAGAAGGACAUGUGCCUCUCCAAUGCCAACAAGGGAAUGCUGGGUCUGAUCGUGUACGUGGGGAUGAUGCUGGGAGCUGUAGUGUGGGGUGGUCUGGCUGAUAAACUGGGACGCCGUCAUUGUCUCCUUAAUGCUCUAGGCAUCAACUGCAUCUUCUCCUUCCUCUCCUCCUUUGCCCAGGGCUACGGCGUCUUCCUCCUCUGCAGACUCUGCUCAGGAAUUGGUAUAGGAGGCUCCAUCCCCAUAGUGUACACAUACUUCGCUGAGUUCCUGCAUAUGGAUAAACGGGGCGAGCAUCUAAGCUGGCUGUGUCUGUUCUGGAUGCUGGGAGGCCUGUAUGCUUCCUUCAGUGCCUGGGGAAUCAUCCCUCAUUAUGGAUGGGGUUACAGUAUGGGCUCUGAGUUCCAGUUCCACAGCUGGAGAGUGUUUGUGUUGGUGUGUUUCCUGCCCGCCGUGGCUGCUCUUGCUGGACUCGUGUUUAUGCCUGAGAGCCCACGCUACCUGCUUGAGAAUGCAAGGCAUGACGAGGCCUGGAUGAUCCUGCGACGUGUCCAUGACACCAACUGGAGAGCGAAAGGUGAACCAGAGAGAGUGUUUCAGGUUUCCCAGUUUAAGGCUUCUCAAACUCAGGAAGAUGAUUUCAUUGAGAUCCAGAGCGAGACUGGAACUGCCUUUCAGAGAUUCAUGGUCAGACAAAUGACCCUGGUCAAGCAGGUGAUGAGGAACUUGAUGUCACUUGCAGGCCCUAAACUGAGACUCCAUGGACUGUUCAUUGCCAUUGUCUGGUUUACAAUGGCUUUUGGCUAUUACGGCCUUUCAGUGUGGUUUCCUGACCAGAUAAAACACCUGCAGUAUGAAGAGUACGAGUCGAACACCAAGAUAUUUCACAAGGACAAGAUUGAAUACUUUCAUUUCAACUUUUCUCUGAAAAAUCAGAUUCACCAGGAGACCCAUUAUUAUCGUGACCAGUUUAUUGGCAUAGAGAUGACAAAUGUGAGGUUUAUAGAUGCCCACUUUGAAGACUGCUACUUCGAGGACAUCAAGUCAAUAGACACCAUGUUUGAGAACUGCACCCUCGUAAACAGUUUCUUCUACAACACGGAUUUAUGGCCCGACACCAAGUUCAUCGACUGUAACUUUAUCAAUGUCACAUUUUCUCAUCCCAAAAGGGGCUGCCAUCUUAACUUCCAGGAGGAAAACGACAUCUUGAUUUAUUUAGUCAGUUUUCUAGGCAGCUUGUCUGUGCUACCAGGCAACAUCAUCGCAGGCUUCCUGAUGGAUAAAAUAGGCCGGAUUAAAAUAAUAGGUAGCGCCAUGCUGGUGUCCUCUGGCUGUACUUUCUUCCUCUUCCUCUGCUUCAGUCCCGGUGCUGUAAUCACUUUCCAGUGUCUGUUCUACGCAGCAUCAGCAGCCGCCUGGAACGGAAUUGAAGUUAUAACAGUGGAGCUUUAUCCAGCCUCUAAAAGAGCGAGUGCUUUUGGUGUGCUGAACAGCCUGAGCAAGUUGGCGGCCAUCAUUAGCACCUUCGUCUUCUCCAAGUUUGUUGGAAUCACUAAGAUAAUCCCCAUCAUCCUGUCCUUCUCAGCCAUGGCGUGUGGAGGUCUGCUCGCGUUCAAGCUUCCUGAGACACGCGAAGUCAUUCUGCAGUAAAUAACUCAGCUAACAAGCAAAAAGCCAAACAAUGGCUUCAUAGCAGAGCUUGGUCCAGCUGGAGACUGGACUUUCUUACACUGAGACUGCUGGAAAAGUGAUUUGAGUAUUUGGGUACAUGUUAAAACUAUAUUCACCUCAAUUACAUUUACACUCUAUGCCCAAAAUAUUUGUGGAAACUUGAACAUAAUGGCAAUAUGUGUUUUAUAUCCACAUAGUUGGAAGUACACAUUUAAAUACCAUGUCAUGUUAUGCUGUAGUGUUACAAUUUCCCUUUACUGACAUGAACAGGUUUAAACCUGUCCCAGCAUGACAUCUGUGCACAAAGCAAAACCUCCUCACUAAUUGUGGCUGAACGGAUAUAAAUCCACACUGCCACGCUCCGUAAUCUAGUGGAAAACAUUCCCAGAAGAGUAGAGUUUUUUAUAACAGCAACAAGGGAAUAAAAAUAAGCACAUAUGGCUAUGAUGGUCAGGAUUCCACAUCAUUUUGGCCAUAUAGUGUACUUGUUUUUUCUUUGACAGAUAGUUAGUCCUUAGAGAUUUAUAAAAAUCCAAUCCAAACACAAAGCUGAGCAGUUAAAGGUCUUCAUUUAUUAUAAGCACAACCUUGCCUCUGCCUGGGAAAUCAACUCAUAAACUUCAGGCAGUAGCACAGAUCUACAGUAUCUCAUUCCAGCUAUCACUGCAGUGGUUUACAAUUAAAAAAUAAUCUAAAAAAGCAAACAGCUUAACAAAGACAUUUACAUAAGAGCAAGUCUGCAACUGAGCAGCACAAGGAGUUCAUUAUUUACACUGAACAUUUAAAGUAGAAAAUAGUUACUACAACAACUAGUUACUAAUACUAAUAUGGGUCAGGUUACUACCAGGUACAGAUUAAGUGCUUAGUAUUACAAAUCUUUAUGGAAACGCAUCCAAGAUUGUCCCUUCGACAACAAUAUCCUGACUGUUCCUUCCUCUUUUUACUAAAAACCGAACAGUGUGUAUUGAGUUUUGAAAUAUUCAUAGAAAGUCACUGACCUUUUCCCCUGUUGUUCUUUCCUUUUGUUUCUUUAUUUUAUUUCUUCAAUCCAGUUUAUAACAUUAUAAUAUUACAGGAAAUAAUUCCUCUCUGUUCUGUGGGUGUUUUGUUUUUAUUAGAGUACAUCUGUAUUUUUGCUGUCAUUUACAUAAGUCUAUGUGUUGUGAUUUCCAUUUUAUUGCGUAUCAAUUUCUUCUUAUUUGAAUAUAAAAAGUCGGCUUAUGAAGGCGGUAAUUUUGUUCUGGAUGUACGAUUGAUGAACUUAGCAUUUUUUUUUCUUUCUCUGAACAUUUAAAAUCAAUAAUAGGGUUUAUUUUCCACCGGUAUGGAGGACUGGACUGGUUGUUGUGCCAAGUAUUAAAGUGUAAAAGUGACUGCAUCAUAGCUUUAGUACAUGACAACAGACACAAAUGUUUAUGCAUGAAAAUCCUGCUAUUUAAUGCUAUUACAUUCAUGUAUAUAAUCAUUUCUAUACAAUUUUGUAGAAUAAAAUUAGAACGACAUACUUUAUUUUACUGAACUUACACAAUAUCCAGUACUACACACUACAUAUGUUCCAAACAUCCUUGUUCAUGCCUUUAUAUUACAUGCAUUUAAUUACCACUUAAUUGCUCCUAAUGUGUGACAUCAUGUAAAAUACUCUGGGCACCAAUAUAUCGUAAUCAUUUCUUAUAUCAUUAUUCACAUACAGUUAUAUUCUUUAUGUUUAUUCAUGCCGGCUGACUGGAUUUUAUGGUUUAUAAUAAACAUGUGAAAGUUUGUAUAACAUGUAUAAGAUGUAUUGCAACAGAUCUGGACUAAAUAUAUUUAGGUGUCAUGAGAAAAGUUGUCAUUGCUGAUGAUUUGUAUACAGAGAAACAUGUUAUUGCACUAUACUAUGUGCAUAGAUAGAUAGAACCGUUUAUUGGGUGUGAAUGCAGGGAAAUCUGAAGAAAAAACAGCUUACGUCUCUGUUUUUAUAUUUUAAGUUUAAAAAUAUUAUCAAAACUCAUUAUUACU